AUGGCUGUCCCGGAAACAAGCUCGCGGAUAGCGGAGGCGCAGAAGCUGGCCAAGUCGGAUCCCUCCAAGGCCGAGCAGAUCUUUAAAGACGUCCUAUCGCAAGACCCCGGCUCGAAUGAGACGGCCAUCAAGAACUAUGAGAGCGCUCUGAUCGGGCUCGGUGAGCUCUACCGCGACCAGAAGCGGGUGGACGCGUUGGCGGAGCUCGUGAAGCAGGCGCGGUCGAUAAUGUCAUCCUUUGCGAAGGCAAAGACAUCCAAGCUGGUCCGACAACUACUCGACCUGUUCACCGCCAUCCCCAACACCGCCGAUAUCCAGAUCGAUGUCACCAAGUCGUGCAUAGAGUGGGCCGUCUCAGAGCGGAGAGGUUUCCUUCGCCAGAACCUAGAAACCCGACUCGUCUCCCUGUACAUGCAGAAGCAAUCCUACUACGAAGCCCUCACACUCAUCAACAGCCUGCUGAAGGAGCUGAAGCGCUUGGACGACAAGCUGGUCUUGGUGGAAGUUCAGCUGCUCGAAUCAAGGGUCUACCACGCGUUGGGCAACAUACCAAAGGGUCGCGCUGCCCUCACUUCCGCACGAACAUCGGCUGCUUCGGUCUACACUCCGCCUCUGCUGCAGGCUGGUCUCGACAUGCAGAGUGGCAUGCUGCACGCAGAGGACGGCGACUUCAACACCUCCUUCUCCUACUUCAUCGAAGCCAUGGAGGGGUACCACUCACAGGAUGAAGAGCAGAAGGCUACUUCGGCACUCCAGUACAUGUUGCUCUGCAAGAUUAUGCUCAACCUCGGAGACGACGUCACCUCGCUCAUGACCUCCAAGCACGCUGUCAAGUACGCAGGCAAGCGGUUAGAAGCCAUGAAGGCCGUAGCGCGCGCACACACCAACCGCAGUCUCGAAGAGUACGAAACCGCCCUGACCGAUUUCCGCCAGCAGCUAGGCAGCGACCGAUUCAUUACCUCCCACCUCCGACGCCUGUACGACAACAUGUUGGAGCAGAACCUGAUCAAGGUCAUCGAGCCGUUCAGCAGGGUAGAGAUUGACCACGUCGCCAAGAUGGUCGGUCUCGACACAAUACAGGUUGAGCGCAAGCUUUCGCAGAUGAUCCUCGACAAGGUCAUCAUCGGAGUUCUGGACCAGGGUGCCGGAUGUCUGAUCGUCUACGAUGAGUCGGAGCGAGACCAGGGCUACGACGCGGCACUCAGUACUCUAGAGAAGCUGAGCAACGUGGUCGAUGUACUUUACACCAACCAAGCUUCUCUGCUAGAGUAA